AUUGGGGCUGCAGACCAUGACUCUGAUGAUAGAAAAACUGUUACUAAGGUGAUAAACAAUUGGUAAGAAUAAUGCAAAAUGUUCCUUUUUCCUUCAUUAUCUUAUUAUAAAUAUUCUUUCUGCUUCAGAGAAACCAAACAGUGAAACAUCUCAGAACAGAUGUGUGCUUUAUGGAUUUUACAAAAGUCAUUUUUGAGCUUGUUUCCAUACUGUUAGAAGAUGUUUCGAUACAUGCUCUUUGAAACUGGCCUAAGAUAUGGUCUGUGAAAAUCACACCAGAGUCACUGAAUUCAUUCUCCUUGGAUUUACAAACAAUCCCAAGAUGCAAGUUUCCCUUUUCACCUUGUUCCUGGCCAUCUAUAUGGUCACUUUGUUGGGCAACUUUCUCAUUGUCACAGUUACCAGUGUGGAUCCUGCUCUCCAAACACCCAUGUACUUUUUUCUCCGAAACCUGUCCCUUCUGGAAGUCUGCUUCACCUUGGUCAUGGUGCCCAAGAUGUUGGUAGAUCUGGUGUCCUCAAAGAAAACCAUCUCUUUUGUGGGCUGUGGAACCCAGAUGUACUUCUUCUUCUUCUUUGGCAGCUCCGAAUGCUUCCUUCUCUCUAUGAUGGCUUAUGAUCGCUUCGUGGCCAUCUGUAACCCCCUCCGUUACUCAGUCAUAAUGAACAGGUCCCUGUGCUUGUGGAUGGCCAUAGGUUCUUGGAUGUCCGGUGUCCCUGUGUCUAUGCUACAGACAGCUUGGAUGAUGGCCCUUCCUUUCUGUGGACCGAACGCUGUAGACCAUUUCUUUUGUGAUGGUCCUCCAGUGUUGAAACUAGUCACCGAGGAUACAACCAUGUAUGAAAUGCAAGCACUUGCUUCCACACUACUAUUUAUCAUGUUUCCCUUCUCCCUGAUUUUGGUCUCCUAUACUCGCAUCAUCGCAACCAUUCUGAGGAUGCCAUCGGCUACUGGCCGCCAGAAAGCUUUCUCCACUUGUUCCUCGCAUCUCAUUGUAGUAUCUCUCUUCUACGGAACAGCCAGCCUGACGUACCUACGACCCAAAUCCAGUCAGUCCUCUGAGAGCAAGAAGCUUGUGUCAUUGUCCUACACUGUCAUCACCCCUAUGCUGAACCCCAUCAUCUACAGCCUGAGGAACAAUGAAGUGAAAGGGGCAGUCAAAAGGGUAAUCACUCAGAAGGUCUUGUGCAAGUCAGAUGUGUUUUGAGUCCUGUGGUGGAGAGUGUUCAUAGGAGCAGCAGAACCCACUGACCAAAGCUUACUAAGACUGGAAGAGUUGCCAUCAGUGUCACUUUCUUGUAGUCAGUGCAUCUCAGUGGGUCAUUUUGGGUCUCAGGGAGAAGGAGACAGUACUCUCACAUGGGGAUGACUGAGAAAAAAAUGCCAUGAGAGGACUAUUUAAAAGUUGAGGACAGGGUUCGGUGAUAUUGCCACCCAAGUCACACCAUGGAAAGUCCUUGGCCUGAAGGGGCAAGUAGAGGGCAUCUGUGUAUAUAUACAACUGCAGAUGCUGUUUGACCUACGGUGGAGCUUUGUCCUGAUGAGCCCAUUCUAAGUUGAAAGUGUGACAAGGUAAAAAAGAAUUGAUUCCACCUAAGCUACCAGACAUCCUAGCUUAGCAACCCAGUGCACUGUAGAGUGUUGCUUGAUUACCUCCAGGAUCGUGGCUGACUGUGAGCUGUGGAUCACGGAUGCUGCCCGGCUGCCCAGCAUUGCACAGAGUAUGCUGCCAUGUACUGUUAUGUCAGCCUUAGAAAAUACCAGAAUUCAGAGUACAGUUGCUACUAAUUGUGUAUGUUCUUCACAAAUUUAUAAAGGAAAAAUUAAAAAAAAAAGACGUUGAACCAUUAUCAAUCAAGAGCCAUAUGUAUUUAAAAAAGCCACCUAUUAGGAGCUCUGUCGUUCAGUAGAGGAAGGUAGCCACCCCAGCCUUAUUCUGUUUUGAUUCUCUCAAAUCUAUUGCUGGCUUCUGCUCUUGGCCAAACCAAAUCUGAGACAGAUGGCUUUAGGGCACAGGACAGGGUGGAAAGGGUAAGAGAAGUUACAGAGGGUAAAUAAAAAUCCCACUACAAAUCACUAUAUGUAUAUUCUGCAACUGAUAUGAUGCAAAGAUGGAACAUGCACUGUGCUUUAGUGACUGAAAAAGUUGAAAGUACAAGAAUUCUUCAUAUUGCUUGAAUGUUUAAAUUAGGUUAUUUAAUAAACUUACUUUGGCAUUAAUAUUUGGUGACAUGAUUCUGCAUCAUUUUGGUCAUUGGCUAAAUUAGUUACUAAUUAAUUAGUAAUCAGCUAUUCUUAGGCAUUAUUUUAUUCUUAUAUUUAAACAGGAGGCAUUAUCUUGAUAUAGUAAAGCAA